AGGAGACAAACAACUACAUGUCCAAAGGGCUUCAUUUAAAUACUUUAAACGAGACAGGUUUAAUAUCUAGAAUAUAACUUUUUCAUAGUCAUUGUUCCACACUCCGGUACAGUAGGUGGCGGCAUGCACCUCUACGGUUGAUUUGUAGUCCGCCUGUAAAAAUGAAGAAGAAGCGCGUACGUGCAAGUGCAAACAGGGAGGCGCUCUCCCCGCCGCUAGGUGGCGAUAGCGGCUUCACAGAGCCGCGACUCUCAAUGGCGUAGAAUGAGGAAGAAUUUACUAAAAGUUCUAGAGGAGAGCUGGAAAUCUUACAGACACAGAUUCGUUCCCUGGAUUGCUUUAAAUCUUAGGAAAAAUGAGCGGACUCUCCGCCAAGUCAAACACCGGUCCGAAGACAAGCGGUUGGACGACGGUCAGGUCCUCGCGUCCCUCGUGAGCCUUUUUACCGAGUUGCUUAGAAAUGACGCAAGCAAUCAAACCGAACAGCUUCGCCUGCUACCAGCGUCCUCUCGCCGCGAUUACUACAUUACCCACAAUGCCGCAGUGCACAGACCGGAAGUGGCGCCUCACGACAUUAUGCUGCACACAGUGGGGUUCUGUGUGGAGAAAAUGCCCAGCUCGUUGCAGGAUGCAGGCAUUGGGGUGUUCAUUACCCGGGGACAGGUGCCCAAAGGUGUACCUGUAGCCAUGUAUCCAGGGACCAUCUAUCAGGCCGACGAGCCAAUUCUCUUCCAGUCCAUUCGAAACCCAUUUGUAUUUCGAUGCAUUGACAGCGUUUUGAUUGAUGGCAAUGAUAAAGGACUCUCCAAGCUAGUGUUUCAGUCAUGCAGUGGGCGGGACCGGCUCGGCCCGUUUCGUUUGAGUGACAGCUCGUGGUUGACGCCCUGUCCAGAAAACCCUCUGGCGGUAGGGCAGUAUGUCAACAACUGUUCCAAUGAGAAGGCUGCCAACGUGUGCUAUCAGGAACUUGAUGUGCCCGAGGACUUUCCCAUAGAACUUCGUCAGUAUCUUCCUAAUGUUAAUUACAGAGUUAAUAUACAAAGAGGGCUGCGCUGUGUCGUCCUUGUGUCAUUAAGAGAGAUUAACAGGGGUGAAGAACUUUUCUCCAAUUACUACACUGUUGUACACGAUUCUUGAUGUGAUAAUCACGCACAACUUGUUUUAAUGACAGUAAAGCUUUUUCCAUCUUAUUAAUUCAUUUGAUGUGCUGUUUUUUCUUAUUAUACAUAAAAUGUCAUUAGGCAAGAGAAGCACCUAAAGUUUAAACACUCACCAGGAUGUCCAUGUCCCUACACACACACCCAAAUACACUGGUAUUUAACUGUAUAUCAGAUUUAGUUUCUCAUCUUUUACACAAACAACCAAGAGUUAUGAACUAGUUUAUUGAGGACAUCUGUUUAAUUGCCAAAUAUGGCUGCUUUCACACUUUUUUUUUUUUUACUUAUUUUUUUUCUCCUUUUUCAGGAGACUGUAUUUUAAAGAUCAUUUUGUAAAAUCCAAAUCAUCUUUACAGAUAUUUAUUGGAAAGGAUUUAAAUGAUGUUUUUCAUGCUUGUUGAAUAAACCAUAAACAAUUAUUGCACAUGCAGCUGUGGAACAGUCCUUAAGACAUGAACAGUUUACAGGUGGAAGGUGAUUAAGGUCACAGUUACAAUAAUUUAGGACACUAAAGAGACACUAAAGACACCUUUCUACUGACUGUGAAAAACACCAGGAGAAAGAUGUCUAGGGUUCCUGCUCACCUGCGUGAACAUGCCAUAGACCUGCUGCAGGAGACAUGAGGACUGCAGAUGUGUUCAGAGCAAUAAACUGCGAUGUGUGUAAUGUAAGACGCCUGAGACGUGCUACAGGGAGACAGGAAGAGACGACAGACCCGACAAUACAGACGAGCUGAAGGCCGCUAUCAAAGCAACCUGGGCUUCCAGAACACAGCAGUGCCACAGGCUGAUCGCCUCCAUACCACAGCGCAUCCAAGCAGUAAUUCCUGCAAAAGGAGCCCCGACCAAGUAUUUAGUGCAUAAAUUAACAUGCAUUUCAGAAGAUCGACAUUUCUGUAGUAUUAAUUUUUUGUUGUAAUAUUUUGAGAUGCUGGAUGUUUUAUUUUCAUGAGCUGUAAGCCAUAAUCAUCAAGAUUAAAACAAAAAAAGAUAGCCUUUGACGAAAGAAAAACAUUGAAAUCAGUCUCGUGACUAGAUCGGGAAGCUGUCCCAAGGUUGCCACUGUUGUC